CAAUAUUUUUGCAAAGUUUGUGCAAUCUUCCUUUUUUCAUUGUGUAUGGUGUAAUUUAAACAUAACAACAGUGUAGAUACUUAUUAAAAAGAAACGUGUCCAUGGCUUCUGGAGGAGAAAACACAAGGUAUUUUAUUACCAAAAGUGUAAAUUUUGAGGGAUUAAAGACAUGUACAAAAACAGGAAUCUGGGCAUGUUCUGAUAGAACUCAACCACCUCAACCCAAAGAUGUCCUUACUUCCGCCUAUCACCAAGGCAACAUCAUCCUAAUAUUUAGUGUAAACAACCAACAUGGUUGGCAUGGAUAUGCUAAAAUGACAUCACCUCCUGGAUCUGUAGACAACCAGGAAAAUAUAGCGGAAAAUUUAACAAGAGAAUGCGAUCUGACUGUACCAGAAACCUCCAAUACAAAAUGUUCAUCUAAUGUACAUGUACAAUUGACUAAGUGGCAUAGAUUUACAGUCAAAUGGAUCACUGUUUUCUUUCCAACUUUUGGAGAACAAUGUUUGCCAUUCUCAAAAACUGCUCAUUUACAAACUGAUCCUGGAGUUGACUCACCUGUUAACAAGGCCAGAAACAUUCAGGAAAUUUCACAAAAUACAGGAGUUGAACUAUGCACAUUAAUAGAUAACCAUAUGAAGACAUUAACUGAAAAACAAGCAAAGAAAGCUGAACUUGUGCUCGCUAAAGCACCUCCAGCAUUUUAUGAUGUUGACAAGCCUGAAAAUAUAGAAGCUGUUUGGGAAGGUUUGGUGAAAAAGGUUUCUCAUAUGGGAGAGGUGCUACUUGCUUGUGCAUUUGGCAGUCAAAGAUAUAACCUACAUACUGAAGACAGUGAUAUGGAUAUGUUUGUAGUUUAUGCUGCACCUGCAGUUACCGUCUUAGGCUUCAACCCCCCUCAGCAAACAAUCAAAAAUAAAGAAACAGAGAACAGCGAUUACACAAUACAUGAGGUUCAUCAUUACCUGGAGUUGAUUCUCAAUGGUGAUCCUCGUUGCAUUGAGACACUAUUUCUUCACCCCAGUGCCAUCUAUUACUGCAGUGAUAGGUGGAGAGAUUUUUGCAAGCUCAAGAAUAAUUUUUUGAAAAAAAACUGCAUGGAGAAAUAUCUCAGAGAUGCAUGUGGGGCAAAGGGGACCAGAUACAUAGAGAAAGUCAAGAGCCAGAAUGUUGAUCCAUCAUCUGAUAUUGCCACCCCUAAACUAUGCAAAAUGUUCUACAUUGUUACAAGGCUGCUUCAAAAUGCUAGGGAGGUGGCAUUUGGAGAAGAACUGCAGGUAUAUCGCCAUGACAACUCACCAAAUCACAAGUUGCUAAUGGCAACCAGGAGAGGGGAGAAAACUUAUUCUGAAAUGCAGGCUGAAGUUGACAGGUUAUUGGGUGAAAUAGAGGAGAAGCGACCAUUUGUAGAAGAGAGGGAUUCUAACACUCAGGAACUUGUAGAAAAGUGGUUGCUUAAUCUCAGAUAUGAAAGCUUGAAACAGGACUUAGAUAAAUGACAACUUUGGACAUUUAGGAUGAGAGGCCAAACCAAUCAGUUGAUGACUUAUUUAUUCAUGAUAAGCCUGAUCAUUUUUUUUUCGUUUCAAAAGUUCUGAUGAAUCUGGAUCCUUUGGAAGUGGAUUAAAAGAACUUGAUCAUGAAAUUUCUCUCUAAAAUACAAUUAAUGGCUGCAUAAAUUAAAAUGAAAUUACAAUAUCAAUAUAUUGAUAACAGGCAUGCUAGUCAUAUCUUUGAUUUAAAUGUGAACUAGUUUCAGUGUAAUUCACUGUAAAUUGGAUUUUAUCUCGUGCAGAUCCUCUGGAUAGGUAAUCAAUAAAUGUGACAAAAUAGAGAAA